AUGGAAGACAUGAAUAUGGCAGACAUUAAUAGGGUUAAUCGUAGGAUGAUAAUUCAAGAUGUGUUUGGGUGUAGUGAGGAUGACAACAUUUUUGAUGAAGAUGGGGAAAGUUUUGCAGAUGUAGAGAUGAACCCAUCAAGUAAUGCAUUUUCAAAUGCACAAAUUAACCACAGUAAUGAGUCCUUCAUACUUUCAAUUGAGGAAGGUCCAAAAAAGGGCAUGUGGUUUGAUUCUGUGGAUAGGUUAUAUGAGUUUUACAAAGAACACACGAGGUUAAAAGGAUUUAGUGUUGCUAAGAGAUGUGCUUCGAAAGGAAAAGGAGAGAUGUAUAGAUAUCAAACAAUCUAUUGCGACAAGGGAAGAAGACCCGACGCUGAGAAAUUUACUAAGAGGAUUAAUUGUCCUGUAUGGGUGAAUGCGGUUUUGAGAGAUAAUGGGUUGUGGGAGGUCACAAAGAUUAUUUCAGAACACAACCAUGAAUUGGAUCCUUCAACAUCUAGGUUGUUAGAAGUCCAAGCAGGUGGACCUGAGAAUUUGAGCUGCAUCCCCAAAGAUAUCAAAAAUUUUAUAGAGAGUAACAGGAGGUCACAUUUAGAAGAUGGUGAUGUCGAGGCAAUUCGAAGUUUGUUCGUUACUAUGCAAAAGAAGGAUGGAAAUUUUUUUUAUACAAUAAGAGUGGACAAUGAAAAUAGGCUGUCUGAUGUAUUUUGGGUUCAUUCGCGUGGCAGGGCUGUGUACGAGGAGUUUCACUAUGUAGUCAGUUUUGACACUACAUAUCUAGUUAAUCGUUAUAAGAUGCCUUUUGCUACUAUUGUUGGUGUUAACCAUCAUGACCAAUCCAUUCUACUUGGAUGUGCCUUAGUAGCACAUGAGGAUGCAGAAACCUUCAGGUGGUUAUUUAAUGCAUGGCUUGAAGCAAUGGGAGGCAUUCAUCCCACUGCUAUCCUAACUGAUCAAUGUGAAGCCAUAAGGAGAGCAAUUAGGGAAGUAAUGCCGAACACUAGGCACAGGUUCUGUUUAUGGCAUAUUUUAUGCAAGGUUCCAGAAAAGUUUCAAAAUGUUGCUGAUUUUGGCAAUGCAGUUCAAGAAUUCAAGGCUGUGAUUUACGAUAGUUUGAGUAUUGAGAUGUUCGAAAGUAACUGGACAAAUCUUAAGACAAAGUAUGGAUUGGAAACCAAUGAUUAG